UCUUCGUCGCGUUCGGUGGUGCCCUUGCUUUCCGACUGUUUUCCAUUCUUGAACAUCCUGGAUCUGGCCAAUCACCAUCUCCACGGGGGCCAUAACCCGCCCCCGGUCCAGCCCUUGGCUCACCCCCCGCCGGCUCAGUUGUUGAGCCCGCCUUUGGGCCCUAAUCCCAAUAAUGGGGCGGGACCGUCGCAUCACCAUCACGGCAUGAACGCGUUGGGACCGCCGUUGGGUGGUGCGCCCGCCUUGUUGGCCGGAUUGGUGGGGGUGUCGGAUAUGUCGGGCCCGCAUUUGGCCAAUCCACAUCACGGACACGAUCUGAUGUCCUCGUGUGGCGUAGUGGGCGGUAGCUCGAGCUUGAUAAGCGGGGCCAAUGGCGGUGGGCUGGAUGGACGUCCGGCUUCACCCGCCCGUUUAGCUUAUUCCUCCGAGAAACACACUCGCUCGGCCUUCAAUGAACUGCACGCUAUCCGGAAACACAACGAUUUGUGCGAUGUGGUGAUUCACGUGGGUAAUCGCAAGAUUUACGCUCAUAAAGUCAUCCUGGCCGCUUGUUCGCCGUACUUUCGGGCCAUGUUCACGGGCGAAUUAGCCGAGUCGCGGCAAACCGAGGUGACGAUUCGUGAUGUGGAGGAAACGGCCAUGGAGAUCCUCGUGGACUUUUGUUAUUCGGCUAAGAUUGUCGUGGAGGAGGCCAAUGUUCAGACGCUCUUGCCCGCCGCUUGUCUCUUGCAGCUCCAAGAGAUCCAAGAUGUUUGUUGCGUGUUUUUGAAACGCCAGCUCGACCCUUCGAACUGUCUGGGCAUCCGAGCCUUUGCUGAUACGCACGCUUGCCGCGAGCUUUUACGGGUGGCCGAUAAAUUCACUUAUCACAACUUCCAAGAAGUUAUCGAGCAUGAAGAGUUCUUGCUCUUGCCUCUGUCUCAGCUAAUUGAGAUUUGUUCCAGUGAUGAGCUCAAUGUCAGAACCGAAGAGCAAGUCUAUCAAGCCAUCAUGACCUGGGUUAAAUACAAUAUUGUCGAAAGAAGACAACACUUGCCUGUGAUUCUCCAACACGUUCGGCUACCAUUGCUAUCGCCCAAGUUUUUGGUGGGCACCGUGGGAGCGGAUGUACUCAUCAAGUCUGAUGAAGCAUGUCGAGAUCUGGUGGACGAAGCCAAGAAUUAUCUCCUCCUUCCUCAAGAGCGACCUCACAUGCAAGGCCCGAGGACUCGACCUCGAAAACCCACUCGCCGAGGCGAGGUUCUUUUUGCUGUGGGAGGUUGGUGCAGUGGCGAUGCCAUUGCCUCGGUGGAGCGGUACGAUCCUCAAUCUGGAGAUUGGAAGAUGGUCGCUGCCAUGUCCAAGCGAAGGUGUGGUGUGGGUGUUGCCGUAUUGAAUGACCUUCUCUACGCCGUGGGAGGGCACGAUGGCCAGUCUUAUCUAAACUCCAUAGAGAGGUACGAUCCUCAAACCAAUCAAUGGUCAGCUGAUGUGGCUCCCACCUCGUCCUGUCGAACGUCCGUGGGCGUGGCCGUCCUAGACGGAUAUCUCUAUGCUGUGGGAGGUCAAGAUGGCGUGUCCUGUUUGAAUCAUGUCGAAAGGUACGACCCCAAGGAAAAUAAGUGGAAUAAAGUGGCAUCCAUGAUGACCAGACGCUUAGGCGUGGCCGUAGCUGUGCUCAAUGGCUAUCUUUAUGCAAUUGGAGGCUCCGACGGGCAAUGUCCUCUAAACACGGUCGAAAGGUACGAUCCCCGGAAGAAUACUUGGACAGCUAUGGCUCCCAUGUCCACGCGGAGGAAACAUCUGGGCUGUGCCGUUUUUAAUAAUAUGAUCUAUGCCGUUGGUGGCAGGGAUGACACCACAGAAUUGUCAUCGGCCGAGCGCUAUAAUCCCUCAACGAACACGUGGAGUCCAAUUGUGGCUAUGAUGUCACGAAGAAGUGGGGUGGGCUUGGCUGUAGUCAAUGGUCAAUUAUACGCUGUGGGUGGCUUUGACGGAACCACUUACCUGAAGACCAUCGAAGUGUUCGAUCAGGAUGCCAAUAACUGGAAGCUCUGUGGGUCCAUGAAUUACAGGAGAUUAGGUGGAGGCGUCGGAGUGGUCCGAAUGCCUCACACGGAUUCUCAUUUCUGGUAGAGAAAUCUCUUUGGGCCGUUUGUGAGGCAUCGGGCCUACGGAUCGACUGCAACAUUAUCUCACACUCAUUAACUGUCAUAGUCUCAAUAAGAUAGUUUUAAGCCAUACACCACGUGGAAUCGAGAAAGAAAUCGGUUCUUUCGAUCCCUCCAUCCAUCAUUUAUUCAUCCCACCCUCCCCCCAAACCACCAGCAAAUAAACCCCAACGAAUAUUGCUUCAAAGGAAAAAAAAGCGGACAUGAAUAAUCUCCCACUUUGUGGAAACCUAAUUGUCAUUCAGCUAUUCAUCAAGUACCACCAAAUCGCCAUACUUUGCUUAUUUCUAGAUUAUGAAUUACUUAGGUACCGUACAUGAUUCAAGUACCCCAACUAUCUCAAUUAUGAUAUCCCUAUAUGUGUCCAUGAUUCCAAACUCCACGAUUGAUGCCAGGAGAGGACGUUAAAAGAGAUCUUAAUAAAAGAAUAUUACCUA